CGGCAGUUACAAUGGCCACGACACAAGCAAAGAGACUAGCGGUGCGCGCUGUUCGCGGGGUGGCGAGCACGGCGCCGCGCCACGCAUCGCGGGGCAUCGCCACGGCCACGGCUGCGCGGCCUGUCCUCGCCCUCGCAGGCUCCACCAUCGCACCAGCACCCACCCUCCGCAGGGCGUACUCGUCCCCCUCGGCGCCGACGCGCCCGUGCCCCAAGUGCGCGGCGCCCAUCCCGCUGCCCGCGUCCCCGUGCCCCGCGUGCGGCGGCCUCGUGCCCAUCCCGUCCGGGCUGUCACUGCACUCGCUGCUCGAUGUCUCGACCCCGCUCCCGGCGUCCAGCGGCAACGGCUUCGACAUCGUCGGCGAGCUGGGCAGGCUCCCGGCACACGGGUACGCGCUCGACGCGCGCGACUUGCGUAACCGCAUGCUGCGGCGCCAGCGGGACCUCCACCCCGACAAGCAGGCGGCGGACGUCGACCUCGCUGCUGAUCUGAGCGGCAGGGUGAACAAGGCGUAUGAGACGCUCGCUAGUCCCCUCCGGAGGGCCGAGUACAUUCUCAAGAUCCUCGGAAAGGGCACCGAGGAAACCGACGCCGUGACCGACCACGACCUCUUGAUGGAGAUCCUCGAGGCGCGCGAGACGCUCGAGGAGGCGGAAGAGGCGAGCGAGGUCGAGGAGAUGCGGGACUCGAACCAUGACAAGGUCGUCAACCUCGUCCGCCGCCUCACCGAGGCAUUCUCGCAGACCCCCGUCGACCUGCACGCUACCAAAGCCCUCGCCGUGGAGCUCAAGUACUGGGUUGGGCUGGAGGAGGCGGCCAAAGAGAAGCUGGGGAGGUUGGGCGAGGGGCGCUGA